AUGACAGGCGAGCUCCACCUUGAUGUUGUCGAAGACGACCAUGUCGAUUUCGAUCCUCAAAUCGUCUCCGUACAAUCUCACCACCAUGAGCCUGUUCUACUAGAUCUUGAAAGAAGUCCUACGGCCGGGCAGAAGGAGCAUGUCCACGACAAAUCAGAGCUCUCUCAAGUACAAUCGACAGUGUCCGCCCACGACAUUGAAGGCGUCCCUAGCCACGCCAGCUCCUACACCGAGUCCAACGCGGCCCAAUAUGAGCGUUUCAGCGACCGCCGGAAACUCGUCAUCACAUGUGUGUUGUCCCUAUGUGGCUUCCUCGCUCCCGUCUCCUCGACGGCCAUCCUCGCCGCCAUCCCGGAAGUAGCAGCCACAUACAAAACCAACGGGAGCAUCAUCAACCUGUCGAACGCGCUAUAUCUGGUGUUCAUGGCGAUCUCGCCGUGCCUGUGGGGUCCGUUAUCCACAAUCUACGGGCGCCGGUUGAUAUGCAUUGCCACAGCCUCGUUGUUCUUCGCCUUCAGCAUCGGCACAGCCCUCGCUCCUAAUCUGGCUUCUUACUUCAUCUUUCGCAUGCUCACCGCCUACCAGGGCACCUCCUUUCUCACGGUCGGAACCGCCUGUCUGGGCGAUAUCUACACGCCGACGGCCCGUGCCACCGCUCUCGGCUGGUUCCUGACCGGCACUCUCAUCGGCCCGGCGUUUGGCCCAUUCGUCGGUGGUAUCAUCGUCACGUUCCGCAGCUGGCGAGUCAUCUUCUGGCUGCAAUCAGCACUGGGCGGCCUGGCGACUGUGCUCGUCAUCUUGCUUCUGCCCGAAACCAUCCCGGAGAAGAAAAUCGACGAACUCCGCGAGUAUUCGCGCAAAGAACGAGUAGUUCGCAUCCUCCACUGGAUCUCUCCUUUCCGCGUGGCUGUGCUGCUCUUUUCUUACCCAAAUCUCAUCAUCGCUGGCCUGGCUUCAAGCUCGCUGGUCUGGAACCAGUACUCCCUUCUGACGCCUAUUCGGUAUGUGCUCAACCCGCGUUUUCAUCUCACCUCGCCUAUUCAGUCGGGUCUCUUUUACAUCGCGCCCGGGUGCGGAUACGUACUCGGCACCUUUGUCGGAGGCCGGUGGGCCGACCAUAUUGUGAAGAAGUGGAUUGGCAAGAAGAAUCGACGGGUCCCCGAAGACAGAUUGCGAUCGUGCUAUGUCUUUAUAGGCGGCGCCAUCCCCGCCUGCAUGCUCGUGUACGGGUGGUCUGUGGAGAAGAACGUCGGUGGGAUCCCGCUACCCGUGGCCGCCAUGUUCAUCCAAGGCGUCUCGCAGCUCUUUUGUUUCCCGAGCCUCAACACCUACUGCCUGGAUGUGAUGCAGGCAAAGGGCCGCUCCGCCGAAGUCGUGGCGGGCAACUACAUGAUCCGCUACGUAUUUGCCGCCAUCGCCUCUGGGGUCUGUCUUCCCGCAAUCGAGGCCAUAGGCGUCGGUUGGUUUAGCACCAUUUCCUCGGGCUUCUUGAUCCUAUCCGCCGUGUCCGUCUGGGCUACCACUGUGUGGGGGGAGGGAUGGAGACGUGCUGUUGACAGUAAAACGGCAGAGAGAACCGAGGCGAGAGCCGAUGAACAGGAGAGGGAAAAGGGUGGGAAAGUGGGCGUUUAG